AUGGCGGCCUCCAAGUGGGUGUACGACUUUGGGGAGGGCAAGGCGGACGGCCGCGCCGAGAUGAAGAAUCUCCUUGGUGGGAAAGGUGCAAACCUUGCAGAGAUGGCGGCGAUUGGCCUUCCUGUUCCGCCGGGUUUCACGCUGACCACGGAGAUCUGCACCUACUUCUACGAGCAUGGCUGUACUUACCCGAAGGAGUUGAAGGCUCAGGUCGAGCAGGCCUUGGCCUUGGUGGAGUCGCGCACGGGCCGUAAGUUCGGAGAUGCCACAAACCCUUUGUUGGUCUCUGUGCGCUCCGGGGCUCGGGCCUCAAUGCCGGGAAUGAUGGACACGGUGCUCAACCUUGGCCUCAACGACGUCACGGUGGAAAGCCUUGCGAAGCAGUCGGGGGACCGCCGCUUCGCCUUCGACAGCUACCGCCGGUUCGUGCAAAUGUAUUCUGAUGUGGUGCUGAACAUAGAACUCAGCCACUUCGAGAAACUGCUGGACCGGGCGAAGGAGAAGCGCGGCGUGCGGCUCGACAAUGAGCUGUUGACAGAGGACCUGGAAAACCUCACCAAGGCUUACAAAGCUCGCGUGGAGCUGGAGCUGGGUCGCGAGUUUCCAGAGGAUCCGCAGGAACAGCUCUGGGGGGCAAUCGGCGCAGUCUUCAACUCCUGGAUGAACCAGCGAGCCAAGACGUACAGGCAGCUGCACGACAUCCCAGAAUCCUGGGGUACCGCUGUCAAUGUUCAGGCCAUGGUCUUCGGAAAUAUGGGGAACGACUGUGCCACUGGCGUUGCCUUUACGCGCAACCCGUCCAACGGCACCAACGACUUCUAUGGUGAAUUCUUGGUCAAUGCGCAGGGCGAAGAUGUGGUGGCCGGCAUCCGCACUCCUCAAGAGUUGACGAUCAAAGCACGCAAGUCUCAUGGAAGUGAGCUUCCUUCUCUGGAAGAGGUGAUGCCCAAGGUCUUUCAGGAGCUUAUGGACGUCCGCAAGCAGCUGGAGAACCACUUCUUGGACAUGCAG